CAUUCAAUUAAAGAAUUAAAAUCAAAUUUAUUAAAUUUAAAUAAAGAAAUUGAAAAAUUAGAAAAUGAAAACGAAACGGUUACUGAGGAAUUAAAUCAAUUUAAAGAAAAUGAAUCUAAAUUGAAAAUUCGAAUUGAAAAUAAAGAUUCUUUACUUGAAGAUUUCAAGAGAAAGCAAAAAGAGUCCGAAGGUGAAAUUAAAAGGUUAGAAGAAGAACGUAUUAAACAACUCGAACAAGCACAAUUUGAACAAUUAGAGAAAUUUAAUCGUGAAAAAGAUUUAUUAUCAAAUCAAAUCGAAAUGGAAAAACAAAAUCAUACCGAAUCCACCUACCAAUUAAAAUCACAAUUAGAAUCUAAACAAUUAGAAAACAAUUCACUUUUAGAUAAAAUUAAAGAAAAGAGUCAAGAAUUUUCAGUUAUCGAAAAAGAACUUGAACAAGAGAAAUUGGCCCAAUCCCAACUUAAAGAACAAUUAUCCAAUUUAACAGCCGAAGAAAACAAUAAAGAGCUCUCUGAAAAAUUCAAAGCUGAACAUCAAAUGGUCCUCGAA